AUUUCACCCGCUCAACAUUUUUCUUUCAUUGAAAAAACGCAACCCUAGAAAACAAAAAAAAAACUUCAACUAUCAUCUUUUCUUCUUCUUUUUAUCUUCUUUCAGAUUUUCUCUCUCCUCAUUCUUCAAUGGUGUCGAUGAACCCUAAUUCGCCGGAAGGCUUUUACCUAGACUCUAAUGGCGCUGCUUUGCCGGGACUUAAUCCUUUUUCGGCGCCACCACCGGAGAAUUCGCCGACGACGGCGACGAAUACGACGUCGUCUUCUCCGACUGAUGAUUCGUGUAAUAGUAAGAAGAUUCGAAAGCCGUAUACAAUUACGAAGUCUCGAGAAAGUUGGACUGAACCUGAGCAUGAUAAAUUUCUCGAAGCUCUACAGCUCUUUGACCGUGAUUGGAAAAAGAUUGAAGCUUUUAUUGGGUCCAAAACUGUCAUACAGAUACGCAGUCAUGCUCAGAAGUAUUUUCUGAAGGUCCAAAAAAGUGGUAGCAACGAGCAUCUGCCUCCUCCUCGGCCAAAACGAAAAGCUGCGCAUCCAUAUCCACAGAAAGCUCCUAAAAUAGUUCCCCAAGCAACUGGAUCCGCACAACCAUCUUCUCUUUUGCUUGAGCCUGGACUUCAAAGGCCAGAGGCUACAUCAGUACCUCUAUGUCCUAAUAAUGCAGCAGUUGUAUCUUCUUGGGCUCCUAAUACUCAGCCUAGUCUGGCAAAAGGUGAUAUGAAAUCCGUAGGGCCGCCGAUUGCUAAUAAUUGUUCAAGCAGUACCGAGAGCACAGCAAUGGCACGCACUGCUGGUGAAAUGAAUGAAGCAGUAAAACAUGCUCCACCCUUAAGAGUUCUGCCUGAUUUUGCUCAAGUAUACAGCUUUAUUGGCAGUGUCUUUGAUCCGGAAGUUAAGGGUCAUUUACAGAGGCUUAAGAAGAUGGAUCCAAUUGAUGUUGAAACGGUAUUGCUGUUGAUGAGGAAUCUCUCCAUCAAUUUGACGAGUCCUGAUUUUGAGGACCAUGAAAACCAUUAAGGAAAUACAAACUGCCCUCCUGUGUAUUGGUGACUGGCCUGCCCAGGGUUGAGGGUGUAAAGACAGUAAAAGACAUCAUUUAUGAAGCAUCUGCAAAUUGUUGUAUCUGGGAUGCUAGGUGACAUCUUCAGCAAUGAUGCAACUUGUAUGAUGCUAAUCAAACUCCUAGGAAUAGAGUAGGCUCAGAUAUAGUGGUAAGCAUGAUAGGACAGAAAUCAUCCCUCCUAUGUAAUGCCAAGGCCCAAGUGGUGCAGGAGUAUUUCUUGGAGCACCUCCUCCACCCCCCUCCCCCAUAAAAAGAAAAGAAAAGACAACCUCUCUGAAAAGACACUUUCUAGGCCUGCAGAUCUUCCUCAUUCGCACAUCUGAAGCACCUGCUACUGAAGUUUUACUAUCAUCCUUUCGCACAUCUGAUAAUUGUAAUUGAAGAUUAACUCUAGUGUGAUUGCAGCAUGAAAGUGACAGGAGGUGUUCCAGUACAACAUAUCUCUAAUGCCAUUGCUUCAUAAUGGCUCUUGCGGCUAAUCCUUUUGGCUAAAUGAACUUUCACGAUUCAGUACUGGACAAAAUCCCAGAUACCUGUCCUCCACAAGUAAAACUGUGGACCAGGAUAACUGAUGUAGGAUUCAUUGGUCAAGCGAUCCGUCUAUUUUCAAAUGAAACUAUUGCAGCGAUACUUGACAGAGUGUCUUUAUCGUAUCCUUAAUUUUAAGUUGGUGCUUUUUUUUCUGAGAACAUCUUUUUGCUGGAUUCAUCAGAAACAUCCAGUAUAUCAGUUCAGAUUGAUUAGUGUAUGGCUACAUGCAUAUGGACCUUUUAUGCACCACAACCAACAGUUAUUUAGGGUGGCAGUGUGUGUGAUUUAUGUAUACUUCACAUUACUGUUUUUGGUAUCACAAUUUUGAGUUUUUUUGUUUUCCUUUUUGGUGACAGAGAAGACUGCUCUCAUCCUACGACAUUGAUUCUGACAAGGGCAUAUCUGGUGGUACAAGGGACAUUUUAUGUGGUAAGUGAUAAGAUAAAUAUACAGCUGAUGCAAACGGAGCUGCCGUGGGCCACCACAUUUUGUCAACUCGUUCCAAUUGGUUAUUGGAGACACGAUUAGCCUUGGUUUUCUCAGAUUUUCUCCAGUAUCCUUGUGUGUAUAUAGGAGAUUUUCAAAGCAGAAGUAGCUGAACUGAUGCCAUACUUGUUGUAAAGCUCUGAGUUCGCCGAUGAUGAUUCUACUGUACAGGAAACUCUGUAUAUUUACGAGUGUUUUUUGGGGUCUCAACAUGUAAUCUUGUAAUUCCUGUGUAGUAAUCUAUCUUCUACUCUUAGAUUAACUUUAGUAUAGUGUGAGGUGGCCUAUAUUUCAGAUGUUAAUAAGACAUCAGACAACUAAUCUCCAGCGUUGUUUAUAUUGAUUUCAUCUGAGGAUGUAGUAUAAUAUCACUUGAAGUAGCCAGAAUUGCAGCUUCCUUCUCA